CGCCGUCGCAGUCGUGCUUCAGCUCACUACGCUUAGGGCUCCAGCUUGCCGCUCCCGCCUGCUCUCCAGCGCCCCGCGCAGCGAGCCACGUGGACCAACUCCGGCGCGCGGUGUUUGCUUGGUUCCAGUGGGGCUCGCCGCGCCUCCCGCGUCUCGGUGCUCGCCCUGCCUCAGCUCCGACCCGAUGGCGGCCCUGGUGUUGGAGGACGGGUCGGUGCUGCAGGGCCGGCCCUUCGGGGCCGCUGUGUCGACUGCUGGGGAAGUGGUGUUUCAGACCGGCAUGGUCGGCUACCCGGAGGCCCUCACUGACCCUUCCUACAAAGCUCAGAUCCUAGUGCUAACGUACCCUCUCAUCGGCAACUACGGUAUUCCCUCAGAUGAAGAGGACGAGUUCGGCCUGAGCAAGUGGUUUGAAUCCUCGGAGAUCCAUGUGGCAGGUCUGGUGGUUGGGGAAUGCUGUCCCACGCCCAGCCACUGGAGUGCCACCUGCACCCUGCAUGAGUGGCUGCAACAGCAUGGCAUCCCCGGCCUGCAAGGAGUGGACACUCGGGAGCUGACUAAGAAGUUGCGGGAACAAGGGUCUCUUUUGGGGAAGCUGGUCCAGAAAGGGACAGAGCCUUCAGCCCUGCCAUUUGUGGACCCCAAUGCCAGGCCCCUGGCACCAGAGGUCUCUAUUAAGACCCCACGGGUAUUCAAUGCGGGGGGUGCCCCUCGGAUCUUUGCUGUAGACUGUGGCCUCAAGUACAAUCAGAUCCGAUGUCUCUGCCAGCUUGGGGCUGAGGUUACCGUGGUACCCUGGAACCAUGAAUUAGACAGUCAGAAAUAUGACGGUCUCUUCCUAAGUAAUGGACCUGGUGAUCCUGCCUCCUAUCCUGGUGUGGUGUCCACACUGAAUCGAGUCUUAUCUGAGCCUAAUCCCCGACCUGUGUUUGGAAUCUGCCUUGGACACCAGCUAUUGGCUUUAGCCAUCGGGGCCAAAACUUACAAGAUGAGAUACGGAAACCGAGGCCACAACCAGCCCUGUUUACUGGUGGGUACUGGGCGCUGCUUUCUGACGUCCCAGAAUCACGGGUUUGCCGUUGACGCGGAUUCGCUGCCAGCAGGCUGGGCUCCUCUGUUUACCAACGCCAAUGACUGUUCCAACGAAGGCAUUGUACACGACAAUCUGCCCUUCUUCAGCGUCCAGUUUCACCCCGAGCACCGGGCUGGCCCUUCAGAUAUGGAGCUACUCUUCGAUGUGUUUCUAGAAACCGUGAGAGAUGCUGUAGCUGGGAACGCUGAGGGCCGGACAGUAAGAGAACGCUUGGCUCAGCGCCUCUGUCCCCCUGAGCUUCCCAUUCCUGGUUCUGGGCUCCCGCCACCACGAAAAGUUCUGAUCCUGGGCUCGGGGGGCCUCUCCAUUGGCCAGGCUGGAGAAUUUGACUACUCGGGCUCUCAGGCAAUUAAAGCCCUAAAGGAGGAGAACAUCCAAACAUUACUGAUCAACCCCAACAUUGCCACAGUGCAGACUUCUCAGGGGCUGGCAGACAAGGUCUAUUUCCUUCCCAUAACACCUCACUACGUAACCCAGGUGAUUCGUAAUGAACGCCCAGAUGGUAUAUUACUGACUUUCGGGGGUCAGACAGCCCUGAACUGCGGUGUGGAGCUGACCAAAGCUGGGGUACUAGCUCGGUAUGGGGUCCGGGUCUUGGGUACACCUGUGGAGACCAUUGAACUGACUGAGGACCGGCGAGCCUUUGCUGCCAGGAUGGCUGAGAUUGGAGAGCACGUUGCCCCCAGUGAAGCGGCAAAUUCUCUUGAACAGGCUCAGGCAGCUGCCGAGCGGCUAGGCUACCCUGUGCUGGUGCGAGCAGCCUUUGCCCUGGGUGGUCUUGGUUCUGGCUUUGCUUCCACCAAAGAGGAACUCUCAGCUCUUGUGGCUCCAGCCUUUGCCCAUACCAGCCAGGUGCUGAUAGACAAGUCUCUGAAGGGCUGGAAGGAGAUUGAAUAUGAGGUGGUGAGAGAUGCCUAUGGCAACUGCGUAACGGUAUGUAACAUGGAGAACUUAGACCCACUGGGCAUCCAUACGGGGGAGUCCAUAGUGGUGGCUCCAAGCCAGACACUGAAUGACAGAGAGUACCAGCUUCUGCGGCGGACAGCUAUCAAGGUCACCCAGCACCUGGGGAUUGUUGGGGAGUGCAAUGUGCAGUACGCCUUGAAUCCCGAGUCUGAGCAGUAUUACAUCAUUGAAGUAAAUGCCAGGCUCUCCCGAAGCUCUGCCCUGGCCAGUAAGGCCACAGGCUAUCCACUAGCCUAUGUGGCAGCCAAGCUAGCAUUGGGCAUUCCCCUGCCAGAGCUCAGAAACUCUGUUACGGGGGGAACAGCAGCCUUUGAGCCCAGCCUGGACUACUGCGUGGUAAAGAUUCCUCGCUGGGACCUCAGCAAGUUCCUGCGUGUCAGUACCAAGAUUGGGAGCUGCAUGAAGAGUGUUGGUGAAGUCAUGGGCAUCGGGCGUUCCUUUGAGGAGGCCUUCCAAAAGGCCCUGCGCAUGGUAGACGAGAACUGUGUAGGCUUCGACCAUACAGUGAAGCCAGUCAGCGACGUGGAGCUGGAGACGCCGACGGAUAAGCGGAUCUUUGUGGUGGCUGCUGCUCUGUGGGCUGGCUACUCUGUGGAGCGCCUCUACGAGCUCACCCGCAUCGACUGCUGGUUCCUGCACCGGAUGAAGCGCAUUGUGACCCACGCCAAGUUGCUGGAACAACACCGUGGACAGCCCUUACCCCAAGAUCUGCUGCACCAGGCCAAGUGCCUCGGCUUCUCAGACAAGCAAAUUGCUCUCGCAGUCCUGAGCACAGAGCUGGUUGUUCGGAAGCUGCGUCAGGAACUGGGGAUCUGCCCAGCAGUGAAACAGAUCGACACAGUUGCAGCCGAGUGGCCAGCCCAGACAAAUUACCUGUACCUGACAUACUGGGGCAACACCCAUGACCUCGACUUUCGGACACCUCAUGUCCUGGUCCUUGGCUCUGGCGUCUACCGGAUCGGCUCCAGUGUUGAGUUUGAUUGGUGUGCUGUGGGCUGCAUCCAGCAGCUCCGGAAGAUGGGUUAUAAGACCAUCAUGGUGAACUACAACCCAGAGACAGUCAGCACCGACUAUGAUAUGUGUGACCGACUCUACUUUGAUGAGAUCUCUUUUGAGGUGGUGAUGGACAUCUAUGAGUUAGAGAACCCCGAAGGUGUGAUCCUGUCCAUGGGCGGGCAGCUGCCCAACAACAUGGCUAUGGCUUUGCAUCGGCAGCAGUGCCGAGUGCUGGGCACUUCCCCCGAAGCCAUCGACUCAGCCGAGAACCGGUUCAAGUUCUCCCGGCUCCUAGAUACCAUUGGUAUCAGCCAGCCUCAGUGGCGAGAGCUCAGUGACCUCGAGUCCGCUCGCCAGUUCUGCCAGACCGUUGGGUACCCCUGCGUAGUGCGUCCCUCCUAUGUGCUGAGCGGUGCUGCUAUGAAUGUGGCCUACACUGAUGGGGACCUGGAGCGCUUCCUGAGCAGUGCAGCUGCUGUCUCUAAGGAGCACCCUGUGGUCAUCUCCAAAUUCAUUCAGGAGGCAAAGGAGAUUGAUGUGGAUGCUGUGGCCUGUGACGGCAUCGUGUCGGCUAUUGCCAUCUCUGAGCACGUGGAGAAUGCAGGUGUGCAUUCAGGGGAUGCCACGCUGGUGACCCCCCCACAAGACAUCACCCCCAAAACUCUGGAGCGGAUCAAAGCCAUUGUGCAUGCUGUGGGCCAGGAGCUACAGGUCACGGGGCCCUUCAAUCUGCAGCUCAUUGCCAAGGACGACCAGCUGAAGGUCAUUGAAUGUAACGUGCGGGUGUCGCGCUCCUUCCCGUUCGUGUCCAAGACACUUGGUGUCGACCUCGUAGCCUUGGCCACAAGGAUCAUCAUGGGGGAGAAAGUAGAGUCCGUGGGGCUCAUGACUGGCUCUGGAGUCGUGGGAGUAAAGGUACCGCAGUUCUCCUUCUCACGCUUGGCCGGUGCUGAUGUGGUCCUGGGUGUGGAGAUGACCAGUACUGGAGAGGUGGCUGGCUUCGGAGAGAGCCGUUGUGAAGCCUACCUCAAAGCCAUGCUCAGCACUGGCUUUAAGAUCCCAAAGAAGAACAUCCUGCUGACCAUUGGCAGCUACAAGAAUAAAAGUGAGCUGCUCCCAACUGUGCGGUUGCUGGAGAGCCUGGGCUACAGUCUGUAUGCCAGCUUGGGAACUGCCGACUUCUACACCGAGCACGGCGUCAAGGUGACAGCUGUGGACUGGCACUUUGAAGAGGCUGUGGAUGGUGAGUGUCCACCACAACGGAGCAUCUUGGAUCAGCUGGCUGAGAAUCACUUUGAGCUGGUGAUUAACCUGUCGAUGCGCGGGGCUGGGGGUCGGCGUCUUUCCUCCUUCGUUACCAAGGGCUACCGCACCCGGCGUCUGGCCGCGGAUUUCUCCGUGCCUCUCAUCAUCGAUAUCAAGUGCACCAAACUCUUCGUGGAGGCCCUAGGCCAGAUCGGGCCAGCCCCUCCUUUGAAAGUCCACGUUGACUGCAUGACCUCCCAGAAGCUAGUGCGUCUGCCUGGAUUGAUUGAUGUCCACGUGCACCUUCGGGAACCAGGUGGGACUCACAAAGAGGACUUUGCCUCAGGCACAGCCGCCGCCUUGGCUGGGGGCGUCACCAUGGUUUGUGCUAUGCCUAAUACCCGGCCCCCCAUCAUUGAUGCCCCAGCUCUGGCGCUUGCCCAGAAGCUGGCAGAGGCUGGCGCCCGCUGUGACUUUGCCCUCUUCCUCGGAGCCUCAUCUGAAAAUGCAGGGACUCUGGGUGCUGUGGCUGGGUCUGCAGCAGGCCUGAAGCUCUACCUCAAUGAGACCUUCUCUGAGCUACGGCUGGACAGUGUGGCCCAGUGGAUGGAGCAUUUUGAAACCUGGCCUUCCCACCUCCCCAUUGUGGCCCACGCAGAGCGGCAGAGUGUCGCUGCGGUCCUCAUGGUGGCUCAGCUGACACGGCGUUCAGUGCACAUAUGUCAUGUGGCUCGGAAGGAAGAGAUCCUGCUGAUUAAAACUGCAAAGGCACAGGGGCUGCCAGUGACGUGUGAAGUCGCACCUCACCACCUGUUCCUAAACCGGGAAGACUUGGAGCGCCUGGGAGCUGGGAAGGGAGAGGUCCGCCCUGAGCUGGGUUCCCGAGAGGAUAUGGAAGCCCUGUGGGAGAAUAUGGCGGUCAUCGACUGUUUUGCCUCAGACCACGCUCCCCAUACCUUGGAAGAGAAGUGUGGGCCUAAGCCUCCACCAGGCUUUCCAGGACUAGAGACCAUGUUGCCGCUGCUGCUGACAGCCGUGAGUGAGGGCCGCCUCAGUCUGGAUGACCUGCUACAGCGAUUGCACCACAACCCUCGGCGGAUCUUCCACCUGCCUCUCCAGGAGGACACCUAUGUAGAGGUGGAUCUGGAGCAUGAGUGGACGGUCCCCAGCCACAUGCCCUUCUCUAAAGCCCACUGGACCCCAUUUGAAGGUCAGAAGGUGAAGGGCACCGUGCGCCGUGUGGUCUUGAGAGGGGAGGUCGCCUAUAUUGAUGGACAGGUGCUGGUACCCCCAGGCUAUGGACAAGAUGUACGGAAGUGGCCUCAGGGGGCUGUUCCUCAGCCUCCUCCUCCAACUCCUACUACCACUGAAAUAACCACGACACCUGAGAGACCACGCCGAGUGAUCCCAGGCCUUCCUGAUGGCCGAUUCCACCUGCCACCUCGAAUCCACCGGGCCUCUGACCCAGGGCUGCCAGCUGAGGAACCCAAAGAGAAGCCACCCAGGAAGGUGGCAGAGUCAGGUGAGCCCACGCUGAUGCAUAUUUACCUAGGGGGCCUCUGUAGUCUGAUCCAAGCAGGGGAGCCUUCUGACCAGCCUCUUCUGUACCACCCCACUGUAGAGCUGACGGGAACCCCUGAUGGCCCCUGCUACCCUGCACCACCAGUACCUAGACAGGCAUCACCCCAGAACCUAGGAUCUUCUGGCCUGCUGCACCCCCAGAUGUCACCUUUACUGCACUCCCUAGUGGGCCAACACAUCCUGUCUGUCAAGCAGUUCACUAAGGAUCAGAUGUCUCAUCUGUUCAACGUGGCGCACACACUACGGAUGAUGGUGCAGAAAGAGCGGAGCCUCGACAUCCUAAAGGGGAAGGUCAUGGCCUCCAUGUUCUACGAGGUGAGCACCCGCACCAGUAGCUCCUUCGCAGCAGCCAUGGCCCGGCUCGGGGGUGCCGUUCUCAGCUUCUCUGAAGCCACGUCCUCCGUCCAGAAGGGCGAGUCCCUCGCCGACUCCGUGCAGACCAUGAGUUGCUAUGCUGAUGUUGUUGUACUCCGUCACCCUCAGCCUGGAGCUGUGGAGCUGGCGGCCAAGCACUGUCGCAGACCAGUGAUCAAUGCUGGAGAUGGAGUUGGGGAGCACCCCACUCAGGCCCUGCUAGACAUCUUCACCAUUCGAGAAGAGCUUGGGACUGUCAAUGGCAUGACGAUCACUAUGGUAGGAGACCUGAAGCAUGGACGCACAGUGCACUCCCUGGCCUGCCUGCUCACUCAGUACCGUGUGAGCCUACGCUACGUGGCACCUCCCAGCCUGCGCAUGCCAUCCAGCGUAUGGGACUUUGUGGCCUCCCGAGGCACCAAGCAGGAGGAGUUCGAGAGCAUCGAGGAGGCGCUGCCAGACACUGAUGUGCUCUACAUGACUCGGAUCCAGAAAGAACGAUUUGGCUCUGCCCAGGAAUAUGAAGCUUGCUUUGGUCAGUUCAUCCUCACUCCUCACAUCAUGACCCGGGCCAAGAAAAAGAUGGUGGUGAUGCACCCAAUGCCUCGUGUCAAUGAGAUAAGCGUGGAGGUGGACUCGGAUCCCAGAGCAGCCUAUUUCCGCCAAGCUGAGAACGGCAUGUACAUCCGCAUGGCUCUGCUUGCCACCGUGCUAGGCCGUUUUUAGGACCCAGCCUCCUCUCUCGUCUCUUCAGGCCCAGCUGCCAGGCAGGCAACCCCGAUGCCCCCCACGGGGGCAGCACGCUUAGCAGACAUCCUGGAGCAUUCAGGCAGCCCAAGCACAUACGUACAAACUGGGACCUUGCUCUAGGCUCCAGACUAGGGAACUUUCUGACUUUGGGGUACAGUCUCAGGUCCUGGGAGCCCCUCUGCCUCAUCUCCGUUCUUACACCUCAGAUCUGUACAGUUACUUUUGUACUGACUGUAAUAAAACAGCCAAGCAGUU